AUGGAUAGGAUAAUCGCAUUUAUAGUUUCAAGCUUAGGAAAGAAAAUGGCCUUCCUGCCCAUUUUGGCAGCAACAUAUAUCCAUUUCCAAGGUAAAGAUAUUGGAGCAGGGAUCAAUGACCAGCCUAUAAAUAGGUUACUCACCUAUUACGAUUUUAUAAUAGUCGGCGGCGGAUCGGCAGGUGCGGUGCUGGCAAAUAGGUUGACUGAAGUCGAAAACUGGAAUGUACUACUAAUAGAAGCUGGUGGAAAUGAAACGGUACUAUCAAACGUGCCAUUGUUGGUUGCCACCGAGCAACUUUAUGAGAAUGAUUGGAAUUAUAAAACCGAACCUCAGAAUACAGCGUGUUUGGCUAUGGAUGAUAAAAGGUGUAAUUGGCCUCGUGCUAAAGUUCUAGGCGGUUCCAGCGUUUUAAACAAUAUGCUGUAUGCGCGUGGAAACCCAAAUGACUUUGAAAACUGGCUGAAAGAAGGUAAUUUAGGUUGGGGGUACAAUGACGUGCUCCACUACUUUAAAAAAUCGGAGGACAACCAAGACUCGUCCUUAGUGCGUACCCCGUACCAUUCGGCUGGUGGCUAUCUAACAGUGUCCGAGGCGCCGUACAAAACUCCAUUAGCUGAAGCGUUCAUCUCGGCCGGGAAAGAAAUGGGAUACGAUAUACACGACAUAAAUGGAAAACAUCAAACGGGUUUUAUGGUACCACAAGGAACCAUCAUAAAUGGUUCAAGGUGCAGUACCGCUAAGGCAUUCUUGAGACCAGCCAGAAUACGAAAAAACUUGCAUGUGAUGCUCAACACGAUGGUCACACGCAUAACAAUUGAUCCUAUAACAAACAUCACGUCCGGUGUUGAAAUGAUACACAAUAAUACAAAGUAUUACGUUCGGGUGCAUAAAGAGGUACUACUAUCAGCAGGACCUAUUAAUUCUCCACAGCUACUUAUGCUAUCGGGCAUAGGUCCUGAAAAACAUCUCGCAGAAAUGGGUAUACCCGUUAUUUCCGAUUUAAACGUCGGGAAAAAUCUACAAGACCACAUCGGACUCGGUGGUCUGAUGUUUUUGAUCGACAAAGAGGUGUCACUAACGCACAAGAGAAUAGAAAACCUCGAUUCGGUACUCAGAUAUGGGUCGAAGGGCGAAGGGCCAUUUACGGUCAUGGGUGGUGUAGAAGGAAUGGCGUUUAUUAAUACAAGAAGCAGAAAUCUAUCGGAAGACCAACCAGACAUCGGAUUGAACUUCAUGUCUGGUUCCUCCGUUUCUGGCAUUGGUGGAAUUAAAACGUGGAAAGCUCAAGGGCUAAAAGAAUGGUAUUACCAUACGAUGUAUAAUUCGAUUCUUGAAAAAGACGUUUGGUCUGCUAUACCAAUAUUGUUGAAGCCCAAGAGCCGAGGUGAAAUACUGUUAGGGAGCGCCAACCCAUUUGAGUAUCCCAUGAUCUUGCCCAACUACUUGACGGCCAAGGAGGACGUGGACACGCUGGUGAGGGGUGUCAAGUUUGUGUUGGAAAUGGCCCGGACCGGGUCUCUCCGCGAGUUUGGCAGCCAACUGCACGAUGAACCGUUCCCCAGUUGUCGGAUCUUGCCGUGGCACUCUGACGAAUACUGGGAAUGCAUGGUUCGGCACUACACCGUUUCCACACACCACCCUGUCGGUACCGCCAAGAUGGGUCCCAAGUGGGAUAAGACCGCCGUGGUGGACCCAAUGCUCCAGGUGUACGGCGUCUAUGGGCUCCGGGUGGUGGACUCGUCCAUCAUGCCCACGCUAGUCGGCGCCAACUCCAACGCGCCGGUUAUAAUGAUUGCUGAGAAGGCCGCGGAUAUGAUCAAGAUUACAUGGCGUGACGAGAUACCUCAUCAUAGAACUAAUGAUAAGAUCGCAUUGUUCCCGAGGGUAUACCACAGGUUAUAUUAA